UACGCCCCUCCUCACCGUCGUGUUUGCCAAGGACUAAUUUACGAAUCCCACAGCUCUGGUGAAGGCUUUAACAUUAUUAUAAAUGAGUUAUGAAAUAACAAAGCAAAUACAGGAUUGAUUAAUAAUCAUGAGGCAAACGGAAGAAGAUUAAUAUUUAUGAGCUAUUCCUUCAAUAUGUAAACAUCCAAUGCCGCAUUUACUCAAUUCUGUACCAGCGAAACAAAACCCAAAGUAUUAAACUUAGUUGUGUGACCUCACUGAGCAAUGAUUAUCUAAUUGGACUUACAAUUUUCGCAAGGUGGACGAUAAAUACAUCCAUAGAGUUGAAGGAUGCAUUCAAGCCAUGACAACAGAGCAACGAGAUGCACAGGUGCCUUGUGGUGUGCUGGAAUAGCAGAAACAGUCCUGGUGAUGGCGCCAAAAUCCUAACCUGAGCAGCAUGUCAUGCCAUUCUGUGUGCGCAUGCGUGUCAGGGCCACUGGUUAUAUCCCUGACUGUCUGACGAUGUAGGUGUCAUCAGAGAGCCCCUCCCCCGUCUCUCUCUCUCUCUCUCUCUGUGAUGCUGAUGCUGAAUUGCCCAUCACUGAAGGGCAGAGGGUGAUAUUCCUCCCAUAACGUCCACUCUACCCCUCGUCUUUACCUCUGGAGUGAAGGAUGGCGAUGAUCUGGAUGCAGACAGAGAAGGCGGUCGUGCAAGAGCUACAGCGCAGACUGAGCAGUGUCGCUCACAGCAUUGAUGAGAUCAUGCAGAAAGAGUCUAGUCCUCUCUUCGCUGCUGACAUCAUCACUGACCUCAAGAGACAGUUUGCGUUCCUGUCUGGGGGAAGAGGAGAGGAUGGAAGCCCUGUUAUUAUCUUUCCAGAGUUCCCUUCGUUUUGUGAAAUUGGAGACCAAGAGUUUCGUAAUGUUCUUACCUACCUGACAAGCAUUCCCAGUCUGAGUGCAGCGGGUGUGGGCUUCAUCGUUGUGAUUGACAGGCGUAAAGAUCGAUGGACGUGUUUAAAGGGAACAUUACUGCGUAUCUCAGGCUGGUUUCCUGCUAAUCUUCGGCUUGUUCUGGUGCUGAGACCCAGUGCUAUCCUGCAGCGAACGUUGUCUGAUGUGUUCUUCAAACUCACCAGAGAUGACUUUAAAGUACCGGUUAUCAUGCUGAGCUCGCUGACUGAUCUGCACUCUUAUAUUGAGCGGAGUCAGCUGACACAAGAACUGGGUGGCACUCAAUACUACUGCCACAAGACCUGGAUCUCUCAUCGCACAGAUCUUGAAAGCUUUGCUGCAUUAGUGAAGAGGAUGGCUGAGAGACUGCAAGUGUUUGGCAGGGAGCUGGCAGAAACCGAGCUCCCUAACAACCUCCUAACAGCCAGCAAUCUGCUCACUGCACAAACCAGCCGAAAAGACAGCUUCAAAGAAGAGUUGACAGGAGCUCUAAGCCAAGGACGGAAACUCUUGGAGCACAUCAGGGAACCGGUCCGCAGAGAUCCAGACAGCUGUCUAAACCCUGAUCAACUGGAGAACCUUGCUACAGUGCACAGGCUGUUGUCCCAGUUGAAUGAGAGCUCUACAGCGUUUGAUGAGUUCUGGAUUCAGCAUCAAAAUAAACUGGAUCUAUGUUUUAAACUCUGCCAGUUUGAGCACAACUUUCAACAGCUCCGAAAGGAGCUGGAGCAAGCAACAGCCACGAUGAAUGCUUUCUCAGACAUUGGAAUAAGCCCUGCACAAACAGAACACCUCCUUCAAGAGCUGACCAAUCAUGAGAAGAAGGCCUGUGAGGUGCUGGACAGAGUGAGGUCUGUGAUUGCUGAGGGCCAAAGUUUGAUUGACAGCUCUCAGAAUGUUGAUGACAGUGUUGCAGUAAAAUGCAGUGAGCUACAGAGAGUGAGAGAGAAUCUCACCCAAAGGCUCAAAGACAAGAGGACCAUGCUGACACAGGCUAUGGAGCUAUAUAAAAGAUUGGAAAUGGUGUGUAAAUGGUGUGAUGAUGGGAUUUACAUGCUAGCGUCACAGCCUCUUGACAAGUGCCAGUCACAGGAGGGGGCGGAGUCAGCACUGUCAGAGCUGGAGUGUUACCUGGAGACAGCCAAUGAGAAACAGCAGUGGGAGAUCAGCACAGUUUGGCUGGAAUAUGAGAACAUACUGAACAAUGAGCUCAGGGAGAAGGUGAAGCAUGCAUUUGAGAAGAAAGCAUCAUUACAGGAGAUGUUUGAGAGGAGGAGGGUCAGUCUGAAGAAACUAGCAGCCAAACAAACACGCCCCAUCCAACCUGUGGCCCCACGACCAGAGUCACUCUCAUCUCCUGCUCACAGGGAGCAUGAGAACAUCUGUAUUAGUGAAGACUCCGACAGCAGGGUGUCCUGUAAACAAGUAAACUCUGAUCAAGUUGACAGGAGCAGUCGCAAUCCUUCUGUAUCUGAGGAGGAGGAAACCCUGGCUGUGCUGCGCAGGCAUGUAAUGAAUGAGUUACUGGAAACAGAGAGAGCAUAUGUGGAAGAGCUUAUGUGUGUUUUGCAGGGAUAUGCUGCUGAGAUGGACAACCCCUCCAUGACUCCUCUCAUCCCUGCAGCCCUGCAGAACAAGAAGGAUGUGUUAUUUGGGAACAUGCAGGAAAUUUAUAAUUUCCACAAAAGAAUAUUCCUCAAAGAGCUGGAAACUUACACUGACUGUCCUGAGCUUGUGGGCCGCUGCUUUCUGGACUGGAUGGGGGAGCUGCAGAUUUAUGAGAAAUACUGUCACAACAAGCCUCGUUCUGAGAGCCUCUGGAGGCAGUGCUCCGACUGCGCCUUUUUCCAGGAGUGUCAGAAGAAACUAGAGCACAAACUAGGACUGGACUCAUACUUACUGAAGCCUGUGCAGAGGAUCACUAAAUACCAGCUCCUGCUGAAGGAGAUGAUUAAGUACAGUAAAGGCCGUGAGUGCUCAGUGGAGCUGCAGGCAGCUCUUUCCUCCAUACUGGGUAUCCUGAAGGCUGUAAAUGACUCAAUGCACCUCAUUGCCAUCACAGGAUAUGAGGGUAACCUUGGAGUCCUGGGUCGCCUACUGAUGCAAGGGUCAUUCAGUGUGUGGGCGGAGCAUAAGAGAGGUCACGUGAAGGUCAUGGAGCUUGCCAGGUUUAAGCCCAUGCAAAGACACCUGUUCCUGCACGAGAAAGCUCUGCUCUUUUGCAAGAGGCGAGAGGAGAGCGGAGAGGGAUACGAGAAAGCGCCUUCAUAUAGCUUCAAGCAGGAGCUCAGCAUGGCUGCUAUUGGAAUAACAGAGCAUGCUAAAGGGGACAGCAAGAAGUUUGAGAUCUGGUCCAGAUCAAGGGAUGAGGUCUACACAGUACAGGCCGUGUCUGAGGAGGCUAAGACCAUCUGGGUAACAGAAAUCCAGAAACUUCUAACAGGACAGCUUGAGACCUGUAAAGAGGCAAGUCAACAAAGAGCACCUGAGCAGUUCUCCUCAGAUACCAGCUCCACUAACAGACUGGUGAGAAAUGAACCAAGUAACUUCAGGAGUGGAGGAGUGGAUAAACUGAAAACAGAAGAGGAAAGAGGCAAAGAACUAGAGAACAUUCUAGAGCCCAGAACGACAGGGAGAGCAAAAGGGUCUUCGUUUAGUUUUGAGACGAAACCAAAACGACAAGAUAUUCGGAGUGACCCUACACCUCUAGAAACAGGGCCACAGCCUAACUUGGGCGGAGGCAGGUGGUUCAGUACAUCAAGUCUGUUUCAGAAUCGUGGGAGAGGUUGGACUAAAGGAUCUCUCUCGCUGGAUGCCUCUGUGGAGCAUGAUGGAUACUUUAGUGCAGAGGAGCAGGCGACCUCUGACCCAGAAGAGGAGAAGGAAGAUAAAAUGGUGCAAUCUGUGAGGAUAGAGGAAGAGAUCCAGCGUUCUGAAGAGACUGAGAAAUGAGAGUUGAGUGUGAAUGUGUGCGUAAUGCCAUCAGUGUACAGCACAGACAGUAGGUUUCAUGCAUAACUCUUGAAAGAGGGGGAAAAACAUUAACUUUGAAGUUUUGCAUACUCUUAAAAAUAAAGGUUCCUGGUAGUGUGACCAAAAAAAGCUAAUUGUAAAUGGCUGUUAAGAAACCAAACAUUACCAGCAGGGGUCAUACUAACCAGCCCAAAACAAAAAGUUAGUGCCAAAAAGGGUUUUACAGGACCUUUUUAUCCUUUAAAUCUAGAAGAAACUAUCUUAUACAAACUGAAAACCCUAUAAUGGAUUCCAAAGAACUGUACACAGUGGAAAUUACUGUUGUUUAGAGAGUUCUUUGCAAGAAGCUUUAUUUUUAAGAGUGUGGUCUUAGAAUGCACCAAAAUAAUGCAUUUCACAGAGACACCAGAGCCAGCUCUUUACACACUGUCUCAUCAUAGUAUGCUGAGAUACAUGUUUCAUAUCCCUUAAAACGUAGUUAUUUCUGUCACAGCAUUAUGUCCAUACUGAGAUAUGGCAUGUCUAUUGUCAAGUCCUGUGAUCUCCAGUGUGAAAGCAUAUAAAAUAUAAUUGUGUUCUGUACAAUGCAGGAAACUAGUAACAAUGUGUAAAACAAGCAUAUCAUAUAUGCAGAUGUUGUUUCUCAAAGUGACUGUGAUCACCCUGUGUCAUGUAAAAUAUGUCUACAAAUCAAUAUUGUUUAUAUGCAUAUAAAAAUAAAGCCAUAGUUGACUGA